ACUCAAUUAAGUUGGAUAAAUUCAGAUUCAACAAAGACAUAGGUAAGAAUUGGUUCACCAAUAGAGUGGUGGAUGAGUGGAACAGGUUCGGCAGUCAUGUUAUGAGUGCCAAUACGAUAGACAUUAAAGAAGAGGUUCAAUAAAGUCAUGGGCGGUGAGGUUAGGUGGGGCUAUAUUUACAGGACCUGCCUUGUAUUGACCUGCCGGCCUCAUGCAGACUCCCUCCGCUUUUAUGUUCUUAUGAACAGACUGCCAAACGACCAAACACCCCGGAAGCUGAGGCCUUGCAUCAGCGUACUGCCUGACACAUGUGUCAUUACACGAGGCGGGAACUUUAAUAAGGUAAUUGAUAAGCUGGCCAGGGGUGGGCCGCACACCUGCCUUCCGGGAGUGAUAGGUGCAUAUAAGUGUGUGUCGCGUCCAGCAGCGUCCGCUGGGCACACGCACGACCUGUACUCUCACGGGGAAGACAGGGCAGGGAUAGCUCCGGCCUUGAUCUUCGGGAACGCAAGUCCAAAUAUUCCUGUCGGUUCGCAAAGUGUUCCCGCGGCUGACGACUGAAGGAUGGCAGCGGCGGGCAGACUGACGCGACGGCUGGUGCUGCUGGGAGGGUUGGCGCUGGCGGCGGCCUCACAGCCGGACGGGGCGGCGGUGCUGAAGGACGGUGCACUGCUACAAUGGUACACCGGCCUGGCCAGCAACUUGUUCAGUGUUAAAGGGCAGCAGGUCUCGUCGGGGGCUGACCAAACAGACACCGCAGCUCAUUCCCUCGUCUCCACCGAGGGCCACAGCAAAAGCAAUCAGGCGUCACUCGAGGGGGACCAGGCCGGGGCCAGUACCACGGCUCCCUCCACCCUGCGGCCCAUAACAACAGCGUCCCAAGCCCCAAACUGUGGCGCCAAGGUGGACGGUUCCCUGGCUGAUGGGGGCGUCAUCACCACCCCCGGCUACCCUGAGCAGUACGGGCAGGGGCUGUACUGCGUGUGGACCAUCGCGGGCGGCAAGGGGAAGCGUGUGAGGCUGGAGUUUGAGGACUUCGAGCUGACCAAGACGCCGAGCUGCAGCGGUGACUACCUGUUCGUUUCAGCCACAGGCGAUGCCAACGACACUUCUGCAGAGCCCCUGUGUGGCACCGACACCCCCGGCGAGUACGUGAGCGACGAAGACGUCCUCUACCUGGAAUUUCGCUCCACGCCCGACGGUGACACCUGCAGGGGCUUCUCGGCAAGGUACAUCAUUGAGGAAGUGGUUGUGACGUGCGGGCAGGAGGUCUCGUUCCUGGAGUUCGAUUUUCAGAGUCCCGACUACCCGGAACCGAUUGCCAAUGGCUCCAGCCACUGCGAGCUGACCGUCUCCCAUGACUGCGAGGUGCCCAUCUGCCAGGUCAGACUUGACUUCGUGGAGUUUGAGCUGCAGCCACCUGAGUAUGGGAACUGUGACUCCGAUCAGUUCAUGGUGCGCGCCAACGAGCCUGUCCCAGUGCUGUGCGGCAACAACUCCGGCCAGCACAUGUAUGUGGAGGUAGCGGGGCGGGCCAGCACCAGCCUGCACGUGCUCCUGUCACGCAUCCUGCCCAAACCGGUGGGGCACGUGACCGACCCUGAUACCGGUGAAAGCCAACCAUUGGAGUGGAGGUACGAGGUGGAGGACACAAGGAGAUGGAAGAUUCGAGUCAACCAGAUUCCCUGCGAAUGUUCCCACGACCACCUCAAGACAUCGAGUCCCAAAGGUGUGGCAUACUCCGGCCCCGUCCACCCGCCAGCACCCACAGGCUGUCUGCAGUACCACGUGGGCGUGAGGGAGACCAUCAGCAGCUUCAACUUCCACGGCAGCAAAUUAGACUACGACCCUUGCUGGAACGGCACCGAGAGGGACUGUGGCCGCCGAGUGUGGACAGGCCACCUCAACAACCUGGACUACCACGUGUGUGUGCGCGUGGCUCAAGGCUACUGCGGCAUCAUGUACACGCCGACGGGGCCAGAGUCCUUCCUCCUCAACGGCGAGACUCCCUACAACAGCACCGAGCCGCGGAAGAACCUGUUCGGCUCGAAGGCGUGCCAGGCAGAUUACGUGCUCGUCCCGAAGUGCCGCACCCCGGGGGACAACGACCCCUGGAGCCAUGACAGGUUCUGCGGCCAGGCACUCGGGAACUACGUCCAGGGCCCCAUCGUCAGCUACUCCACACCGUUCUACAUGCAGGUGAAGACAGACGCGGACGAGUACUCCCGCAGCAUUGACCUGGGCAACAGAGGCUUCGAGCUUCUGUACACCCAGCUGCCCUGCUCCGGACCGUACCUCUUCAACAGCGACCAAAAGUACAGCGGGUAGAGGCUGCGAAGACCUGUGGUGACUGCCCGGCCUCUACCGAUUAUUUGAGGAACAUUAGUGAUCCCAGUUGUUUUAUUGUAAAUCUUUAAUGGCUACGCAGGUGAUCUUGACUAACUAUAUUUUACUUGGGAUUACUCUCUGAAAACAGACGAUAAAUAUCCAGAUAGCACAUUGUCUAUAAUAUACGAAAAUUUGAGCAUGUUGCAAGAUUCAGAUCAAUACAAUAUUUCUAAGCAUAGCUACGUUUAAAUACAAUACAAAAUCUGCUAAAAAGCUGCCGACAUUGAAUAAUUACUUAGAUGCUGAUUUGUGCACAUUUCGUCCCUAGUGGUCAUGAGCAAUUCAUCGCAGUGACAAAAGGCAAAUAAUUUUCUAUUGACACAGUUAUACACAUACAAGCACAUUACACACAGUACUCUGAGCUUUUAUUUCAGUCAUCUUCCAGGCCAGUAUAAAACGUAUGUGGCAAAUGCUCAGUGGUUUAGAUUCAUCUACAAUGAAGUUUCACGAGGUUCAUUUUCAUUACCCACCUUUUUCUGUUAUGUAUUACUAUCCUUUUUUUCUGGAAUUCAGUAUGUGUUGACUUAUUGUUGUAUAUUUCACUGAUCAACCACAAUUCACUGGGGACUCUCAACAAGAGCCACACGGUACCAAAGCAGGACAAUGAAAAUUAUUCAUGUUUUGAUCCUCAUUAUUUCUGAGUGGCGCAAGAAUGAGAUGAGGCUCUUGGCUGUUCCAAAACUCAAUGUCUUCCAUUCAUAAACUAUUAAUUUUAGUACAGAAAACCUUUCAGAAAACUAUCUUUGUAUAUAUUUCCAACAAUAAACUAGACAGCUCAAGACCUUAAUAAUAAUAAGAGAAAGAAAAGCCAAACACUGCUCUCACACAAGAUAGACCGGAAGAGUUCCGAGCAGAUGGUCAGUUUGGGUUUUAGAGGCGUCUAGACACAUGAAGUAGAAGUUCUGUGUUCGUUCCUCCUCCUCACUAAAAAUAAAAAUACUGACCUGAAUACUUCAUGCCAGUCUCGGCUGUUCCAGCAGCGACUGCAUCGUAAAGUUCGGUGGGACGACCUGAGGAUGUACUUUUCCGAUUUCCCGUGGAAUGAUUACUGCUUCCAGGACAGAGACCCCUCUGUGUGUGCCCAGCACAUCACCGAGGUGAUUGUCUUUGGAAUGGAGGCACACAUUCCAUGUACUUCUCUACUCCUCAUGCAAAAAACCCUUGGUUCAGUCACGCUUUUAAAGAUAGAGAGGCAGCUCACAAAAGGUACCUGAGCAUUUGAACUCUUGCUAAUCACCAUCUUUACAUUUCUGCCCGGAAUCGUCCCAAAUCUACUCUUCGACUUACCAAAACACUUUCAUCAUUAGUAAAUGCCAACACUUUGCUUUUUUCUCUAAUUCUUCCAGAGACUUCUGGCACCUUGCUAAAAAUAUCUCGAAAAAUUUCACUUCUUCAUCUUUCCCUCCUCUUCUUAACCAUGACAGCAGCACCGCCGUCACACAUAUCUCUAAGGCUGAACUCUUCGCUCAGACUUUCUCUAAAAAUUCCACUCUGGCAUUAUUGCUGUUGAACCUGCUACUCCUGCUAUUACUGCUCCCAUUAGGAGUGAGCCAAGCCUCACGACAACCAAACAGCCUAAGGAGAUGCGAACACUUGUUAUUUGAAUAGAGAAAACAAUUAUUUUUCCUUGGCCGUUUUCUGCGCGAGCACUUAACCAGUGCUCUGGUCUGAUCAUCCUUUAUAAGUUAGUUCCCACAAAAAUAAAAUCCAAUCGGCAUGAAUAAAGGCUUAAUGUUA